AUGGAUGGAAAAUCUUUGAAAAAAGUUGGCACCAUCUUGCAAGAAGUUCCUUCGUUAGGUAGUAAUCUUCCUUCAGUACGUUUGACCAAUUACGAAAACAUACUUUACUAUGGCGACAUUCAAAUUGGGGUACCACCUCAAAAAUUUAGAGUUGCAUUUAGUACUGAUUCCGCACAUUCUUGGAUAUUUUCCCAACAUUGCACACUCCCUUUUUGUUGUAAAAACACUUCAUCUAAUUUUGGUGGCAAAUUGAUAUUCGGUGGUUCCGAUCCUGCUUAUUACGAAGGGAAUUUUACAUAUGUUCCUGUUAGUGUCCAAGGAUAUUGGCAAAUUAUUAUAGAUAGUAUCGAAAGAAAUGAGGUUACUUGGUGCGAGAGAUUCUGCCAAGCUAUCAUUGAUACAAGUGUUUGGAGAAUAAUUGGACCAGAAAGUGAUAUUUCACUUAUUAAUCGAUACUUUAUUGAUACUGGUACACGGGGAAGAAUAAGCUGCCAUAGAAUUUCUGAUUUGCCUAUAAUCACGUUUAAAUUGGGUGGUAAGGUGUUCUAUCUUACCGGUAAAGAUUACACCAUUCGGGAUCUAGAUAAUGAUAGUCUAUGUGUAAGCGUCUUCAUGAAACACUACGACCCUACAACAUAUGAUGUUAAAUUAGUUAAAUUAUGGGUUCUGGGCAUGCCCUUUAUAGGCCGUUACUACACUGAGUUUGAUAUGGAGAGAGGCCGAGUGGGAUUUGCUUUGGCGAAAAAAGUAUAA